AUGGAUUUGGAUUUCAACAACGAUUUGGAGAAACGCAUUUCGGAUGCAUUUUGUGUAUUCGAUCAUCAUGGCGAAAAACUGAUCGAUGUGCGUGAGGUGGGCACAGUUCUGAGAUUGUUGGGCUGUGUGCCCACCGAAGAGGAGGUCAAUGAGGUAAUAUCGGCCACCGAAACGGAGGAGACAAGCGGAGUGGUGCAUUUGACCAAAUUCUUGCCACAUGUCUCCCAGUUGCUCAUGGAACGCAAAAUGGAGCCAGCGCCGCCAGAGAAAAUUCUUGAGGCUUUCAAAACAUUGGAUUUUGAGAACAAGGGCUAUCUGACCAAAGAGAACUUUGGCAAGCUGAUGAUGGAGGAAGGGGAGCCAUUCACCCAAGAGGAAAUGGAUGAAAUGUGGCCGGUAGCCAUAGAUCCUAUAAGCGGACAUAUACCUUAUGAAUUGUAUUUGAAUCAAUUGAUGGUAAGUUUAUCUCUAGAUAAAUUUCAUGUCUAUUGA